AUGGGAACUACAAAUGGUGCUAGUCGAACAUCCAGUUCCGUUGGGACUCACGCGGUGGAAAGGUUUCAGCCAGGUGCGAUUGUUUCAGUUGGAUCACAUAAAGUUGAGAUUGUUAAUUACCUAACAGAUGGUGGAUUUGCCCAGAUUUAUGUUGUCAAGUUUCUCGAGUAUCUGAAUGAAUUUGACAAGACACCAUUAAAAGCGGGUGAGAUUGCGUGUUUGAAGAGGGUUCUUGUUCAGGAUGAGAAUGGCCUCAGCGAGAUGAGAAAUGAAGUGGAAGUUAUGAAGCAAUUAAUGGGAGCGAAGAACAUUGUACAAUACUAUGACUCUAACGCCUGUCGCCGUCACAAUGGUAACGGAGGGUUUGAAGUCCUACUGCUCAUGGAACUUUGUCCGAACAAGUCUUUAUUGGAUUAUAUGAAUCAAAGACUUGCAACGAAACUGACAGAGCAGGAAAUUUUGAAAAUAAUGCGUGAUGUUUCGUUGGCUAUUGCUCAGAUGCAUUAUCUCAAGAUUCCUUUGAUACAUCGCGAUAUAAAGAUUGAAAAUGUUCUAGUUGACGCUGAGAACAAUUUCAAGCUCUGCGACUUUGGCUCGACUUCCCAGUGUUUCCCAAUCGUGACCACGCACCAAGAAAUAGCUAUUCUCACACAAAACAUUUAUGUCCAUACCACUCCCCAAUAUAGGUGUCCGGAGAUGAUCGAUCUUUACCGAUGUUUGCCAAUCAAUGAAAAAUCUGAUAUUUGGGCGCUUGGAAUAUUUCUAUACAAACUGCUCUUUUUCAUUACACCAUUCGAGAUGACAGGCCAAUUUGCUAUAUUACAUUCGAAAUACGAGUUUCCACCGAACACCUAUUCGUCACAAUUAAUAAACUUGAUCAUAAUCAUGCUAGCUGAGAACCCCUACAUGAGACCGAAUAUUUAUCAAGUGCUGAACCAUGUUUGUAGCAUAAUCGGUGUCGAUGUUCCCAUUGAGGACAAAUACGGCGCAGGACCUUACGAUUUCCAGAAAUACACGGAGUUUCAAACAAAACUGCAAGAUACACAGUACCAGAUGUACGUACUGCAGCAGAAAAAGUUAGAGAAUGGUCGUCUCAAUCAGCUAGAAGAGAACAUACUUAACAAUCUGAUGAUUACCGCUUUUGAAGUCUCCGCAAAAGUGCCAAUGGAAGCAGAGUCUCGCGAUUCUUCGAACGCCCCAGAAUUGCAUCCCGAGAGUGUGAAGGACGAUGUCACCACAUCGACAGAGGACGCUGCGGAGCACAAAUCAACCACGACUUCCCUACCUGAAGAGGCGCCUGACAGAGGAAGCUCACCCAGGAAAACAGAGAAAGUUAUAGUAAACAAAAUGGUUGGAGAUAACGCAGUUGAUGGCUCGAGUGAUGUACAAAUAAACCAGGCGGUUGCAGAAAAGGUGACUGAGAAAACAGACACUGGUGUGGGAAUGCAAAACUUUUUUGCCACGCAAUACACUCAGCAUUUAGCGGCUCCUAAUUUAGAUCAAAGGCAAAAGAGUGUCAGUUCUGCCUCAUCUGGUGGUAAGUCCUACAUGAGCGGAUCUCAAGCGUUGAGCUCAGACGAAAUCGUGGAACCCGUUACGAAGUCAGAUGUUGCGCCUAACAUCAAGCAACAUAAAUCAAAUAACCCUUUUCCGAGAAUGGCCCAAGGUUACGCAGAUCAUACGAAAACAGAGAACUUCUUUAUCAACGACAUGUCAGCUGGGCCGCAGCCCCAGCCGCAGCCUCUUCAACAGCAGCCUCUCCAACAGCAGCAGCCACUCCAACAGCCGUCUUCAAAUGCUCCCUCCGAGGUGCUUUACGUUGCGCAGAGCGAAGGCAUAGCGCAACAACAGCGUCCCCAGUACAUUGCUGAAGCUCCUCAGCAAAUACGACAACAGCAUGUCAGCCAAGCCCAGAGUGGCUACAUCUAUCGAUCUGCUGAAAUACCGCUUGGUGCUUUGCAGCAGAAGCAGCAACAGUCCUAUCCGUUUAGGCAUAUGGGUGGCAUAGGUAACUCCAACAUGGGAUAUAAUUACCAGAAUAUUUCCCCUAAUGCUAACAUGUCCUACUACUCAGUGCAGCAAGGUCAAAAGGGUUCUUUCAAUUUACCACACCAUGAACCGCAGCCCCGCCCUAUAGGGCCACCACAGUCGCAACAACGUCAGGCCCGUUACGAUCAGGCAAUUUCCUACCAGAACCCAGGCGCUACCCCGAAUGAGAAUCCGCCACCCAUGCCAGCUCGCCGUGAAAAGCCCCCUAUAGAGACUUCAGAAGCAGCCUUGGAACCUAGCGGGAAAGAGGAAGAGUUGUUGAUAGCGUUUUCGCCACCAAAACAAAAAGGAAGCACUCAUGAGGACGCUAACGCCAACAGGGAUAAUGCGACAAGCUUACAGAACCAACAAGGCAAACAUGCCAGCCUUGAGCUCAGUUACAAUGAGAUGGAUCUGAGUCAGGAGGAUAUAAAGACCGACAUUGAUAGUCCGGCUCUUCAUACCGGGGGAAUGGACAGCAGCAUGGCCUCCAGCGAAAGCAUAGAUCUGAACCUCGACGAAGCCAAAAUAGGUGCCAGAUCUCUCCGAAUCGACCGAGAGGGCGUUUCGUCUAGAUCUUUUGAACCUUCCGCUGUUAGGAGACGAGAUUUCCGUAUCGAGGAAAUGGCAGCUCAUCAAAACGAAGCUGCGAAGGAUGUACCAACACGCAGAUCUCUGGACCUCCAGUAUCAUGAGAUACAUUUUUCAUCGCCUGAUCUCAACAGCGAAAAUGUUCCAAAUCUGACGAGGCACCAUAACUCAGCGGAAGCUACUAAACAUAAGGCAAACCAUUCCUCAAGCAAAAAAGCAACACCAGCUUUAUCUGAUGGCGUAUCGCAGAUCGGACCACAUGCAGCCAGAGGCAACCACGGGUCCACCAAUAGCAGCGGUGCCACCAGCCGUAAACACAGCUCCAACAUAGGUAGCGGGCCUAAAACCGCUUCUCAGAUCAGGAACGAUUUAGAAAGAUACAAAGCGAAAAACUCCUCAGAUAGCAACAGCAGUGUGAAUCUGAGCUCUACUAGUCUCAGCGGUAUGAGAAGAUCGUUUGCCAAGGCCCGCCAGUCGCUGGAUCUCGAGAGAGUCCGUCGCGAAGCCUUGAACAACAGCGAAUCCGCAGUCAAUGCUAGCACUGGCAAGAGACGUUCCCUGUUCUCUGUGUUCAAAGGAAGCUCGGACAAGAAAUAA